CUUUUGUCUCUGGCUAUCUGCAGAAUGCUUACGUGCCCAGCAGCAGAGAUCGUAGAUGGCUCAAAGGUUUUAUAUUUUGAACAAGCAUUCUGGAGGACUCCUCAGAAGCCCUUUCGGCAGGGAUUCUACAUGGUCAAGCCUUGUCCUAAAGAGUUGAAAUGUGAUGUUGAGGUAAGUUCAUAUGCCAUUAGAGACGUGGAGGAGUACAAGAACUUCUGUGAUCGCCCAAAGGACCAGCGCCCACUGCCUGAAGAAGUUCUUGGGAACGGGGCAACCUACUGUACUUCGGAGCUUGCAAUCUUGAAGAAUAACGAGAUACAUUCAUGGGACAGGGGCUAUGAUAUUGAUGGAAAUCAAGUUUGGGGAGCAAAGGAAGGUCCUUACGAGUUCAAGCCUGUACCUGCCUCAAAGGGUUAGUAAUUUGCCAGGCCAAAAAUAUCAGGCAGUAAGGAAAAGUGUGUUUUGUUGAAUUAUGCACAAGGAAGAAAAGGGGAAAGAAGACAUAUU